AUGGACGACAACCCGAUGAACAUAGGGAUAGAGAGGAGGGGCACUGUUUUAACGGCGAUUUGGCAUGUCAUAACAAUCUUGCUCGGAUCUGGAGUUCUAGCACUGGCGUGGUCCUUUGCCCAACUUGGCUGGGUAGCCGGGCCAAUCGUGCUUGUUAGCAUGGCUGCGUUAACAUACUUUACGUCGGCCCUGCUUGCGGAUUGUUACCGGUAUCCAGAUCCAGUGACAGGCACGGUGAAUCCGGAGUACAUCGAUGCUGUUCGAUGCUACCUUGGUCCACGAAAUGUGUUCUGGUGUGGGUUUAUUCAGUAUGCCAGCAUUUGGGCCACCCUUUUGGGCUAUACCAUAACCGCGAGUGACAGUGCGAGUGCGGUGCGUAAGGUUAAUUGCCUCCACCAUGGAGACGGGAGUAAAUGUGCCAGCAGUGACUACUUUGCCACUUACGCCAUCAUCGUAUUUGGAGCAGUCCAAAUUCUGCUGUCCCAACUGCCAAGCCUUCACAACAUCAGCUGGCUCUCCUUCUUUUCUGUCGCCACUUCAUGCAUAUAUUCCACGAUCAGCCUAGGGCUGUGUUUCGCGAAGUGGGCGACGCACAACAAAUCACACGGCACUGUUUUCGGGGCAGUGGCCGGAUCAGGUUUGGACAAGGCAACAAACGUGUUCCUUGCCGUUGGAAAUAUAGCAUUCACAUAUGCGUACGCCGACGUCCAGAUCGAAAUCCAGGAUACGCUUAAAGCACCCCCUGCAGAAAACAAAACCAUGAAGAAGGCCUCAUUGUACGGCCUUUCAAUUUCCACAGUCUUCUGCAUGCUGCUUGGGGUCUCUGGCUACGCAGCCUUCGGAAAUAGUGUAUCUGGAAACAUCCUGACUGGCACUGCUGUCCACGAGCCUUUUUGGCUAAUACAUUUGGCUAACAUUUGUGUUAUUCUCCAUUUUAUUGGAGCAUACCAGGUCUUCGCGCAGCCCAUUUUCGCCAGGAUGGAGACUUACGUAGCCCAUAUGUGGCCAGCCUCAUAUUUUGUAACCACUGGCUAUGAUCUUUAUGUGAUGGGCUGGCUCAUACGGCUAUCCUUCAUGAAACUGGUGCUACGUACAGGGAUAAUAAUUUUCACGACGCUGGUGGCAACGUUGAUGCCAUUCUUCAACCCAGUUUUAGGGUUAAUUGGAGCUGUUGGCUUUUGGCCGCUUUCGGUCUACUUCCCUGUAAGCAUGCACCUGACAAGGCUCAAGAUAGGGCGUAGGGAUUCGCGGUGGUGGCUGCUACAUACCUUGAGCAUGCUCUGCCUGGCGCUCUCCAUCUUCAUGGGCAGUGCGUCGGUUCUGGACAUAGUGACAAAGAUGAAAGGAGCCACAAUUUUCAAAACUGCCGACUAG